CGAAUUUCGUAUAGAAAGAAAAGGAACCACUUCUAUUCUCUUUUCUUAAGUAUAAGAGGGAUAAGUACUUAUUCCUGGCCGGCGGUAUCAUUGCUGCUCCCCGCCUAAUGCGGAUCAUUGUGCAAUGCUUAUGUGAAAUCUCAAUCCAAAACUUAUUCGUUUCGUUGGAAAAACCAACGCCGACGUCAAGAUCAGUCUCCUUUCCUUUCAAAAGUGAGCGAGCAGAGCUGAAAAAGAUGGAGUUACCUGGAGAUGAGAUUUCUUUCUACGGAUAUGAAGGAUAGAAAUAUGCUAUUUGCUGCUAUUCCAUCUAUUUGUGCAUCAAGUCCGAAGAAGAUCUCAAUCUAUAAUGAAGAAAUGAUAGUAGCUCGUUGUUUUAUAGGCUUUCUCAUAUUCAGUCGGAAGAGUUUAGGUAAGACUUUCAAAGAAACUCUCGACGGGAGAAUCGAGUCUAUUCAGGAAGAAUUGCUGCAAUUCUUCAAUCCUAACGAAGUAAUUCCGGAGGAAUCCAAUGAACAACAACGAUUACUUAGGAUCAGCUUGCGAAUUUGCAGCACCGUAGUAGAAUCAUUACCAACGGCACGCUGUGCGCCUAAGUGCGAAAAGACAGUGCAAGCUUUGUUAUGCCGAAACCUAAAUGUAAAGUCAGCAACACUUCUAAAUGCCACUUCUUCCCGCCGCAUCCGUCUUCAGGACGAUAUAGUCACAGGUUUUCACUUUUCAGUGAGUGAAAGAUUUGUAUCCGGGUCUACGUUCAAAGCUUCUACCAUAGACCUAAUUCGAGAAGGCUUGAUAGUCCUAUAAAAGGUGAGGGUGGGGGGUUCUAUUUAGGAAGAAUAAGAAGAAUCUCAUUCAUGUGUUCAUGCUAACAGAAGAGCGGAUCCAAUACACAUAAGACUUUUUUUCAGGAAA